AGAAGACGGAGCGGUAUUACACUUAACACUCGUGAGUCCCAGCAAGAGCGUGGUGAUUUAGUGGCGACCAACACACACCUAAGCCGGACAAUCCACAGACCUAUGCUAGGCUUAACUUCGCCUUACAACUCCACCGCCCACCGACUCAGAAACUUGGAACGCGGGUGAAACAGAUAAUCUGUCCUAAUUGAUAAGUUAGCAUGGAAGUUGGACUAAACGACCAUUCCCUGACGACUCUUGAAGAGCUAGUCAGUGGUGAUACAACUCACAGUCAAGUUGGCAUGGCAGAGAUACAGUCCAUUCAGACCUCAGCUGGGACUACCUCCACAGCAACAGAGAGGACGUCCAGCGCAUCGACUACCUGCAGCAGGGCGGACAGCAACGCCGAUCAUAUAGACUCUUCGGAGACCAGAGCAUCGACAAACGAAGACAAUGGCCCAGAGGACGACCUUAGAAAGAGGAGCAAUCGGCGUCAGCGAAGGCAGAGAACGCACUUUACGAGUCAACAACUACAAGAACUCGAAGCCCAUUUUGCUAGAAAUCGGUAUCCUGAUAUGUCUACAAGAGAAGAGAUUUCAGCCUGGACAAACCUAACCGAACAGCGAGUUAGAGUUUGGUUUAAGAACCGACGCGCAAAGUGGCGAAAGCGGGAAAGAAACCAACUGAAUGAGUAUAAGCACCAAUUCAGUCACGGUCAUUACGGGAUGAUGACACCCUUUGAUGACGGACUCUACUCCACAGGGUAUUCAUAUCACCCAAACAACUGGGUGACAAAGGCCCCAAGCCCACUUGGUUCAAAGGGGUUUCCAUGGGCACUCAACUCUAUGAAUGUCAAUCCACUAUCAAGUCAAUCCAUGUGUUUCGGAAACCAGUCAGCGAAUGCUGCCAAUAUGACCACAAGUCUACCAACAAUGAACGGCGUGGGAAGCAAUCUGAACACUUUCAACAACGCAUCGACGUCGUGUCCGUACGGUACCAGUGCCCCACCUUACGUUUAUCGAGACCAGUGUUCCAGCAGCAUUGCGUCGCUUCGGUUGAAAGCUAACAUGGCGAAACAGCCAACACUGAGUUACCCAGUUGCCAGACAAAACCCGACGUUGUCGGCUUGCCAAUAUGCAUGAACUCAUCGAAUGACAUAUCCAGCCAUUUGACAAGUUGUGUGGGGACAUACAUAAUCUUGGUUGAAGAAACUUAAAGAGACGAACAGACAGAGACACUGUGCUAAGCAAAGGCGGAGAACUAAAUGCCGAUGCAUUUGUUUUUUCUUCAAAUAAACGUAUUUCCGAAACAGUAUAUUUCAUAUUUGUGUUCCCAUGAAAACAAU